ACAGGACAGGACAGGAGUAGAGGAGGGAGGAGCGACUGGAAACACCGCCGGAGAAAUUAGGCUAUAACAAAGAACAAAAAAGGAUAUUGUCAAGAAAGUGAUAACGUAAGGUUUUAUUAUCAUUUAUUUAGAAAAACUGAAACAUUCGGUGUAACAGCAGUUAUAAAACUCUGGACAAUAUGUUCUUUCAUUUUGCCUAGAACAACUAAUCCGACAAAACAUAACCCAGAACAAUUAUUCGAUUUGCACAAUUUGAGUUGGAGAAAAGUUUCAGGAAAGGUCUACAAUGGCGAAAUCUAAGAACUUUGGAAUCGACGCGCUGUUGGCGCACGAGGCGCACCGGAUGGACCGGGACAGUACCCCGGGACUGUGUUCUGAGGACAGCCCUGUCUCUUGCCACCGGUCGGAGACACCAUCCCCACAGAGGACCCACAACGGUAUCCACAUUCAGACCGGAAUUAUCCCCAAACCGGGUCUACUGAACUUCUCCCACCCGGGACUCACCCAGCUGUCUCAGGGGGGCAUCCCUGGAAUGUAUCCCGCCCACAUGUACCGCAUCGCGGCCCUGGGGGGGCAGCACCCUGCCUUUACCUACCCCGGCUUUGCGCAACCUGCCCAGCAGUACCCAGAGCACCUAAAGGUGGUAGCUAUGGCUGGGUUCCCGCUAGAACACUGGAUUAGAGCCGGAAUGAUGAUGCCAAGACUCGGGGACUAUGGUGCCUCUCCUCAUGCUGAUCUGACGGGGAAGUGUCGUAGGCCCAGAACAGCCUUCACCAGCCAACAGCUACUACAGCUGGAGAACCAGUUCAAAUUCAACAAAUACCUGUCCAGACCCAAACGCUUUGAGGUGGCCACGUCUCUCAUGCUCACGGAGACACAGGUGAAGAUCUGGUUCCAGAACCGGCGUAUGAAGUGGAAGAGGAGCCGCAAGGCCAAGGAGCAGGCAGCCGAUGUCCAGAGGGAGUACAGCUGCCCACACGGGGGGGAGAACAGCUCCGAGACUGGGUCUGGAGACACCCGCAACUCUGCUACCCUGGACAAUGAGGAGGAUCUGGAAGCAGAGGAGGAAGAUGUGUUAAGUUCUGGUACCUUAGCAGCUGGAGUGGGUUUAGUGUCUCGCCCCACAGAUUUCCUGAGGCACACUGCUACGGAUCUCAGCUAUAGUUCUCAUGGUUCCUACUCAGAAGAUGAACUAGAGGAGAGUGGACAUGGGCUGGAGAGGAGGGUUGGAAUGGGGUUAUGAGGAGAGUGGGCCUGGACUG